CUCGAGUCACCGCCGAGUGCGUUCGCUGUCAUGUAGUCCAGCGUCACAACACGGCAUGAAAAGGACGCGAAGGUGACUUUUAAUGCGGCUACGAGGAGCGUCGGUGCGAGUAUGGCCGCGCGGGACGAGCGAGACUUUUUGCUGAGUAAAGCACCGAGGCAGCAGGACGGCGCUGGCAGCGUAAACAGCUCGGAGAGCUUCAGGAACGGCUACGUGAAGAGCUGCGUCACCCCCCUCAAACAGGACCGCCACAGGAGAUUUUUUAUCAACGUGUGCAGCUUUUCCAACCAGGACUUUCUUCAUUCCAAACUCUUCAACGUGCCCGCGCUCUACGUCGGCGCCUUCGCCGUUUUGCUGGUUUCUUUCCUCGUUUCCAGGAGCUGCAGUCGGAGUGACCCGCGUUGGGAUUUACUGACUUUUCUCUCGGACUUCUCGCGGUCCAUCAGCCCUUUAUUCAGCAUAGGAUGCGCCUUCUUCUUCCUGACCUUCUACCUGAGGAGGAGGAACAGUCCUAAGUGCUGGCUGCUCUCGCUGCCGGCUUCGUGCUACCUCGGGGAUUUUUUGGUUUUACGCUUUUUGCAAUGGGGAGAAGAGCAGCACCAGAUGCAAAUGGUGGGCAGGCUGUUGUUCGUCUUGGGAUGCGUGGGUCUGCUCACGCUCGUCCCCAAUCUGAAACUCAAACACAGCGUGCUCGUCCUGGUUUUCGCCAGCCUCGUGUGGCUCGUCUCUUUCACAAGUUUGAGCGGCGUGCCCGCUUUGCUCAGGCCGCUGCUGUCCUGCCUGGCCGGGGUCUCCGGAUCCCUGCUGGGGCUGGCCUUCGACCGGUACUGCCCGCCGCGCGAGGCGCCGAGCGGCACGUCCAGCGCUGAGGACAAGGUCCCAGUGAUCAGACCCAGGAGGAGGUCCAGCUGCGUGUCUCUAGGAGAGACGUCCAGCAGCUAUUACGGCAGCUGUAAAAUGCCCCGCAGACCUUCGUUACCCUGCAUAUCCAGAGAACAGAUGAUCCUAUGGGACUGGGAUCUGAAGCACUGGUACAAACCGCAAAAUCAGGGUGCAGUGAGUGGAAAUGGUGUAGAUCUUUCUAUCAUCAAUGAGGCCAGAAACCUGGUGUCAGACCUGCUGAUGGACUCGUCUCUGUCUCCACACACUGUCUCUGCUCUGCGCAGCAUCUCCAGCCUCAUGGGGACUUUCUCAGGGUCUUGCCGCCCCAGGGUCAACCCUUUCACCCCCUUUCCAGGUUUCUACCCUUGCGAUGAGGUGGAUGACUCUGUGGAAAGAAGUGAAAGGAAAUCCAUAAAGGGUUUAAGCAGCAGAAACAGCCUCCCCACUCCACAGCCAAGGCGGAGUUCCACCUCCUCCUCCUCCUCCUCUGCACUACCUCCUCUGGACUCUACCUCUUCACGCUGGGAGCGACCCAUUGGCAAGAGGUCUCAACCAGACCUAAACUUGACCAGUCAGAGCGUCUCCAACGGGCCCAAUGCAAACCUGCUCACCAUUCCCAAACAGAGGUCAUCAUCUGUUACCCUUACGUACCAUACGGGGCUUAGGAGGACAGGCACAUCUCCAACCUUGAGCCCAGUCACCUCACCAACCCAUAGUCCCUCAGCACUAGGUAUGGGUGCUUCAUGCUCCCUUGUCACCCGAUCGCCUGUGGAGUUCCCAGACACAGCGGACUUCCUCACCAAGCCCAGUGUCAGUCUGAACCUGCACAAACCUUUGGCCUACACCCUCAGCUCACUGGCAUUCCAACAGGCCUCCCGCAGCUCCAAAUUACCUCUCUGCUCCAGCUGUGGUCGUCAGAUGCUAAAGGGAGUUUCCAGUGGUGAUUCAGGAGAAAUUCAUCAACCAUUUACCAGUGAGGCUCAACACAGGCGCACAGGAGGAGAUGAUCUGGACUUCACAGGUGAACCUCCCAUCAGGGAGGAGACCGUAGAGGCGGACAUCUCCGUGGAGAGUCCAGAUGUUAGAGGGAACCGGGGACCGGCAGAGGAGAAGAAUGACAACAUCUUCAACACAGGCCGGCAGACUCAGGAAACAGAGGGUGAACAGCAGUUCAAGCUAGAUCCUAUACUCGACGACCAGAAGGCUCUCAUGGAAAAGAUGAACACCUGGAACUUCCAGAUCUUUGACCUGGUGGACAUAACAGGAGGGAAAACAGGAAGGAUACUUAGCUAUGUAACUUACACCCUUUUCCAGGAUACAUGUCUGUUUGAAAUUUUCAAGAUCCCCGUGAGGGAAUUCAUGACAUACUUCUGUGCUCUGGAAAAUGGCUACAGGGACAUUCCCUAUCAUAACAGAGUCCAUGCUACUGAUGUGCUCCAUGCUGUUUGGUACCUGACCACUCGGCCAAUCCCUGGGUUCCAGCAGAUCCACAGUGAUCAUGUGACAGGAAGUGACACAGAUUCAGAUAGUGGGAUCUCACCGGGCAGAGUAUCCUACGCCUCCUCCAAGAGCUCCUCUGUGUCAGAUGACAGCUAUGGCUGCCUGGCCUGGAACAUACCUGCUCUGGAGCUCAUGGCCCUUUAUGUAGCAGCUGCAAUGCAUGACUAUGACCAUCCUGGUCGCACAAAUGCCUUUCUAGUAGCCACUAAUGCACCUCAGGCUGUGCUGUACAAUGACCGCUCAGUGCUGGAGAACCACCAUGCUGCGUCGGCCUGGAGCCUAUAUCUGUCCCGGCCCGAGUUCAACUUCCUGGUCAACCUGGAUCAUGUGGAGUUUAAACGUUUUCGUUUUCUUGUUAUUGAGGAUAUACUAGCAACAGACCUGAAGAAGCACUUUGACUUCCUGGCUGAAUUUAAUGCCAAGGUGAAUGAUGUGAACAGUCCAGGAAUUGAUUGGACCAAUGAGAACGACAGGCUGCUGGUGUGCCAAGUGUGUAUUAAGUUGGCAGAUAUAAAUGGGCCGGCCAAAGUGCGCGAUUUGCACCUCAAGUGGACAGAGGGCAUUGUCAAUGAGUUUUAUGAGCAGGGAGAUGAAGAAGCAAGAUUGGGAUUACCCAUUAGUCCCUUUAUGGACCGCUCAUCGCCACAGCUAGCUAAGCUACAAGAGUCCUUCAUCACGCACAUUGUUGGGCCUCUUUGUAACUCCUAUGAUGCUGCAGGUCUACUUCCUGGUCAGUGGAUCAGUGAUGAGGGUUCAGAUGAGGACGAAGAGGCACAGGAUGACACAGACACAGAAGAUGACGAGGAUGAGAUAGAAGAGGAGAUGGAACCAAAAAGGAGGAAGACGCGGCGCCGGUUGUUCUGCAGUAUCAUGCAGCACCUCACAGAGAACCACGUGGUGUGGAAAAACAUCAUCGAGGAGGAUGACAAGACCAAAGAGCUUGGCAAACAGCAGCAGCCAGACACUCUGCCAGGCAGCCUGCCCACCUCCCCAUCGGAUGACAUUCAGGUCAUCCAGGAGGAGGAGGAGGGAGAGGAGCGUCUUUAGCGGGUGGAAGGAAAGAGCACAGAUGCUUAGCACGAGCAGACACAGUCAUGUAACCACCUGCCUUUCAAAACGCACACAGACAGUCCACAAGUGGGCAUCGAACUCAAUUUGCUCCCCCCGUACAUUUUGAAAAAGUCAAUGUGUGUACACUCGUACGCUUCAUCAGUCACAACAAAACGGCCUUACUACUGUGAGUGGAUCCUUGCUGCAAUGGUGGGAGCCCAAAUCCUCUGCACUUUGAGUCCGUGGAGAGGCAGAUACACCCAGAAAAAACAAACAAACAAACCCCCACCAGAACAGAGGAAGAAGAGUGGCUCUCCAUGGUGACGUGGCUGUGGUGCUGCCUUGAACGCAAAGCGCUUACACCUCCUUUAGGUACAAAACAAAUUCUGACUAUUUGAAAUGAAAAGGCGGGGAGAGGAAUGAAGCCAACAUCCUGCAGCGAUUAAAGCCCUUUACCAAAGUGAACGGUUCUAACAUGUUCAAAUAACAGACUGAGACGGGCUCAGCCUCGACGUCAGGUAUAUUUUUAAAGAAAAAAAAAAUCAAAUGUGCCUGUUUGAACCUUUCUAUUGGCCCAGAGCCUGAGCUUAUGUAGUUCUUUCUCCUUGCUGGCGACACAAAACACUGUAUGAGACUCAGUCACAGAGAGAUUAUUGAAACGUUGACUGAUUAUGUACGUUGUAUCUUGCAUCAUUUUUGAUGCUUUUAUUUGUGUGUGCACCUGCGUUUUUGUUGUGUUCUUUUAUUCUCCUUGCCUGAUUUUGUCUGAGUGUGUGUGUAUUCUGGGGGCGGGGGGGAAUCAAAUGUGAGAAUGAGGAGGAGAAAGAGUAUAUUUUAAUUAUUUUAAUAUGAAAUUUGUGCGAAUGUGUCUUUUCAAGAAUGCUUUGGUUUCUAAAAUCGGUGGAAUGUCCGCUGUUCGCAUUCAGACCACACGUGCAGAAUGCUUUAUUUUAAUUCUAGCUAUUUUUAAAAAGGUUACUCAGGAUUCACACCAAGUUGAACAAUUAAUGACGUUGUUAUGGAAUACACACUUUGAAGCUAAAGGAAUUCCAUUCCAAUCUGGGUGACUAAAGUCAUUUUUUUUUUUAUCUCUUUAAUGAACAACUUUACACGUGUAAGCAGCGAUAGAGCAGAUGCAGUACGUGCUGUGUGUCUGCUUGCAUAACCUUUUUACAACCUUCCUGAGAAUUUGUUAUCGUGAUUGUCAGCAGACUGCAGUUGACCUCGGCAGCCACACAACCUGUUGUAUCAUUUUGGAGUUCUGACAGUAUAUUAGCUAAAAACUUUUCCGAAUCCAAUUUGUUUGCAUUUUUUAAACAAACAUUACAAAAUGUAUGCUUCUGUCAGCCGACAGACUAAUAUUUACAGACAUUUAAAGUCCACCCUCCAUCUUUUUUUUGGACAAGCCCAUAACUGUGUGAAGAAGUAAUCCAGGGUUUCCUAUCCCUUUUUUUGAAAUGACAUGCCAUGAGGCAGGUGCAAAAACUAUCACUUCUCUAUUUGUGCUUUUAAGAACUCUUUGCAUUCCACUACAGUAAGAGUUUUAUGAGAGAGACGACGCUCGACUUAUAGCCUCGGUCCAUUAUCACCGUAUGAAUUCAUAAUCUGAAGGAAAUGUUAGGUAACCAGUAUAAAUCACAAUAAUAUUUAGUCAAAUCAUGGAUGCCGAUGUGUGCAUUUAAUACCAAACAAGUGUUUAGCCGCUGUACCACAAAGUUUAUGCAUAUAAAUAUAUAUUUUUGAAUAAUUAAAGGAAUGCAUCUGUUUUCUAAAUGAAGCUGACAUAUUGUACGUUGACAUGCUCUAAUUACUGUUGUGGUUUCAGAGUUUCUACAGGUAUGGGUUUGAUUUGUCACUUGGUUUCAGCCUAUCACUGUUGUGUAUCAUAACCACUCUUGUAUCGUUCAGUAUUUCUUGUUCGUCAUUCAAGUUGACCUGGUGUGUGACAAACUAGACCUGUAUCCUGGUAAAUGUCUCCAGACUCCAGUGCGAUAUUCCACCAAGCUCAAAGUGACAGCGGCAAACCAGGUGGACUUGGGUCCGAGCCAUAUACAUUCUGAUGGGCCUUUUUUUUUCUUCUUCAUGGACUUACUCAGUACGUUGUUAUGGGUGAGUUGGUUGGCUUUUCACUGCCAUCUUUCAGUCCACAUUAUCUUGAUAUUUGUGCCAUGAGUCAUCUAUAAAUGGUUGUUGUCCAUAUGUUGCAUCAAAAUGCAUAUGUUUGUAACCAGUUACCAUUAUUCACUUUGUUGGGGCAACUGAUGUUUUUGUUUUAUUUAUAGCUGUCAUAAAACACCAUCCCAAAGGUU